AUGAAUGGCUUCGUGCUGGCAGAGGGCAUUGGUGAACACCAGCUGACAGGGCACAAAGUAGCAGUGAAGAUCCUGAACAGGCAGAAAAUCCGCAGCCUGGAUGUGGUGGGGAAGAUCAAACGAGAAAUUCAGAACCUGAAACUCUUCCGGCACCCUCACAUCAUCAAACUGUACCAGGUCAUCAGCACACCGACAGAUUUCUUCAUGGUCAUGGAAUACGUGUCUGGGGGGGAAUUGUUUGAUUACAUCUGUAAGCACGGACGUGUCGAGGAGGCAGAAGCUCGCCGCCUUUUCCAGCAGAUCCUCUCUGCAGUGGAUUACUGCCACAGGCACAUGGUUGUGCACAGGGACCUGAAGCCAGAGAACGUGCUGCUGGAUGCCCACAUGAAUGCAAAGAUAGCUGAUUUUGGACUGUCCAACAUGAUGUCAGAUGGUGAAUUUCUACGCACCAGCUGUGGUUCCCCCAAUUAUGCAGCCCCUGAAGUCAUCUCUGGAAGGCUCUAUGCUGGCCCAGAGGUGGACAUCUGGAGCUGUGGUGUCAUCCUCUACGCCCUCCUGUGUGGCACUCUGCCUUUUGAUGAUGAGCACGUCCCCACCCUGUUCAAGAAGAUCCGUGGGGGGGUGUUUUACAUCCCUGAGUACCUCAACCGCUCCGUGGCCACGCUGCUCAUGCACAUGCUGCAGGUGGACCCCCUCAAGAGAGCCACCAUCAAGGACAUCAGGGAGCACGAGUGGUUCAAGGAGGAGCUGCCCAGCUACCUGUUCCCCGAGGACCCUUCCUACGACGCCACGGUGGUGGACGACGAGGCGGUGCGCGAGGUGUGCGACAAGUUCGAGUGCACCGAGUCGGAGGUGCUGAGCAGCCUGUACAGCGGCGACCCCCAGGAGCAGCUGGCCGUGGCUUACCACCUGGUCAUCGACAACCGCCGCAUCAUGAACCAGGCCAGCGAGUUCUACCUGGCCUCCAGCCCGCCCACCGGCUCCUUCAUGGACGACGGCGCGCUGCCCGUCCCGCCGGGCGUCAAGCCGCACCCCGAGCGCAUGCCGCCGCUCGUGGCCGACAGCCCCAAGGCCCGCUGCCCCCUGGACGCCCUCAACACCACCAGGCCCAAGCCCCUGACCGUCAAAAAGGCCAAGUGGCACCUGGGCAUCCGCAGCCAGAGCAAGCCCUACGACAUCAUGGCCGAGGUGUACCGGGCUAUGAAGCAGCUGGACUUCGAGUGGAAGGUGGUGAACGCGUACCACCUGCGGGUGCGCCGCAAGAACCCCGUCACCGGCAACUACGUGAAGAUGAGCCUGCAGCUCUACCAGGUGGACAACCGCAGCUACCUGCUGGACUUCAAAAGCAUUGAUGACGAGGUGAUGGAGCAGAGGUCCGGCUCCUCCACGCCCCAGCGCUCCUGCUCGGCCGCGGGCUUGCACCGGCCGCGCCUGAGCAUCGACGCGGCCGCGGCCAGCGAGUGCCAGUCGCUGACGGGCUCCCUGAGCGGCUCCUUCGUGGGCAGCAUCCCCUCGGUGCCCCCUCGCCUGGGCAGCCACACCAUGGACUUCUUCGAGAUGUGUGCCAGCCUCAUCAUGGCCCUGGCCCGCUGAUGGCACCGCUCUCUCUGAGCUCUGGACAGCUCUGACCUGCUCACCACGCUCGGAGCUGAAGGCAGGUUGCCUUCAAUCACCACCUCCCUGCAGCCUGCUCCCCCUGCCCUGCCUCACCACGGGCUCCAGGGCUGAAUCCUCAGGUGAGCAGAGGGCAGGGUCUGGCUCACCCACCCGAGCUGGGACCAUCCCUGGUGGGCAGGAGCCGUCAGCAGCGCACAGCUCGGAGCGCUCACCUCUCCCCUUUCCCCUGGGAAGCUCUGCCUGUUGUCACCUCCCCAAAAUCACUGCCAAGUCUGCCUUUCCUGCUGCUGGACACUCCCUGCCCCUGCCCAAGGGCUCUCCUGUCCUGCUGCUGCCCGCUGGACCGUGACCUUCGCCACGCCGCUGAGCAGGCAGGGACAUCCCAACCCGGAAUUUUACUGUUCCUUUGCCACUGGCUGUCUGAAGGGUGGCAUUUUAUUUUUUUUAAAGGCGAACUGCGGCGAUUUUUAAGGUUAAAUUCUUGUUACCCGAGGGUAAACCCGAAUGCAUGUGUGACUUCUUUGUUUAAAAGAGUUACUGUUUUUUAUUACACACGAUUAAUGGGGCAGCGUUGGCAUCUGCUUGGCUUUGACAUGAUGUUUAAUUCCAUUUACUUGAUUAUGAAGUAAUAGUCUAAUCAAGGAACAAAUGCUUUAUGAAAGCUUUGCCAAAAAAGUCCUGGGUGGGGGGUUUGUUUUGUUCUGGUUUUUUGGUAUUUUUUUUCUUUUGUGUUCUGAGAAACAAAGCAAAGAACUUUAGCUGGUCCCAGGUAGGCAGGCAUUCAAUUUGAAAAAAAAUUUAAUCUGUCUUUUUGAUAGCUUCUUAUGACCCCCUUGAGGUUUUUUCCUAGGUUUUUUUUCUGUACAGUUGCACUUUAGUUUAUACUUUCUGCAGGUUUUUAUGAGAAGCAAGGAAGAGAACAACACAGUAAGCCUUUUUUACUAAUCAUUUAAGGUAAUCAAGACAAACACGGGAUAUUUUUGCCAUCUACUGGCAGUUAAAUGGACUUUUUCAGCUUGAAGUCCCUUUUUUUAAACAAAGAACCACAAAAUUGCCUUACUUUUGUUACAGAUUGUGCUUAGAUCCUCACAAAUGUGACUUUACAGCUCCAGUUUUUCCAGAAGCCGCACAAAG